CCCCUCCAACGGCGAGAGAUCGAAUAUUAAGCACCGCCGCCGGCCUCGUUCUCCUCUCGUCCUCUGGGCUAGAUUAGCCGGUUAAUCAAUCAAUCGAUUCGUUGUUGCUAAGAGCCUUUUUAAGUAUGGGAUUACGCAGGUUUCUUGUUUCCUAACCACCACUUCUGUACUAGUACUAUACUAUACCAAUCCAUGGAUAGAGACAGACAGAGGGGUUGGGUUUUGGUUGCGCUGCUUGACUCGCCCCGUGCCCGUGUUCUUGCUGCCCUUUUCAGGCAUAUAUAACAUUCCUCUUUUUACACUACAUCCAUCCCCGCUUGAUUAGCGGCAGCCACUCUCUCCCUCUCCACUCUUGGUGUCCGAGUCCCUUGGCCGUACGCUCUGCCUCACUCCUCCGUUUCUUGCUUCUCCUGCCGCCGGCGUCGGAGAGCGAGCUUCUCGGCGGGCGGCGGCGGCGCGCGGCGCCGGGUGCGGAUCGGCCGCGGGUGCAUGGUGGAAGCCGCCGCCGGGCGCCGGUCAGGCACCAGCCGUCGGCGGCCUAGCGGCAGCGGAGGGGAGCACCAGCGCCUGGUUGCGCUCGCCGUCGCCGCGCGCGUCGCCAUGGUCAGCACCCGGUCUGCGGGUCCAGCAGUGGCGGGAGGAGAUGGAGCGGGAGCUGCUGGAACAGGCGCCGGCCCCGCUGCCGGUAGAGGACGAUGCAUGGAGGACUUCUUCGACUGCCUCCUCGGCUUGCUCGGCGCGUUAGGCAUGACAUGGGCUACGGCGCGGCCCCAGCGGCAGCCGCUCCCGCCGCUGCCUCGCGGGGUUGGGGCGGGGCCUGAGCCAACCGACGCCCGGCGUUUCGCAGCGGCGCUCAGGGCCACCCCCGGCCGGAUCGCUGGCAAUGGCGCCUGCGCCGUCGCGUCACUGUACACGCUGCAGGGCAAGAAGGGCGUCAACCAGGAUGCUAUGAUCUUCUGGGAGAACUUCUGUUCUAGAGAUGAUACCAUCUUUUGUGGUGUAUUUGAUGGUCAUGGACCUUAUGGCCAUUUGGUUGCCAAGAGAGUAAGAGAUCUCCUGCCUCUAAAGUUAGGAGCAGAUUUGGGGAUGGAAGAUGGUAGAGUAGCAUCCACUGGCAACAUUAAGCUCAAUACAAAUGAUGUAGCUUCAUCUGAACACAUAGUCAGAGGAGGUACUGCCGUUUCCUCUGAAGCUCAGCAGAAUGGAGAUUAUCCAGAGGUCUUCCCAGCAUUGAGAACUUCAUUCUUGAAGGCAUUCCAUGUAAUGGAUAGGGAUCUCAAAUUACAUAAAAAUAUUGAUUGCUUUUUCAGUGGGACUACAGCAGUGGCAGUGAUCAAGCAGGGACACAAUCUUAUAAUUGGCAAUUUGGGGGAUUCAAGAGCUGUCUUAGGCACCAGAGAUGAAAAUAACCAGCUUGUUGCUGUUCAAUUGACAGUUGAUCUCAAACCUGACAUUCCAAGUGAAUCACAGAGAAUCAGGCAACGCAGGGGCAGAAUAUUUGCACUUCCUGAGGAGCCGGAGGUUGCUCGUGUUUGGCUUCCAAGGUAUAACUCGCCUGGAUUGGCCAUGGCUAGGGCAUUUGGAGACUUUUGUCUGAAGGAUCAUGGUGUAAUUUCUGUGCCUGAUGUUUCCUAUCACCACAUAACGGAAAAGGAUGAAUUUGUUGUGCUGGCUACCGAUGGGGUUUGGGACGUGCUAUCAAAUGAUGAAGUUGUUAAUACUGUCAGCCGAGUCACAUCUCGGGCCUCUGCAGCACGAUUUUUAGUCGAAUCAGCUCACCGUGCUUGGCGAACUCGGUUCCCCACUUCUAAAGUCGAUGAUUGUGCUGCUGUCUGCCUAUUCCUGAACACAAAUGAAGCAAGUGAAUCUUCGAGUUCCUUGGCCAACAAUUUGGCAGAUGCUGUACAAGUUAGCACUGCUCAGUGCUCCAAAACUAUCCAGGUGAGCGCACCUAUAGACGGAAACGAGGUGUCUGUUGUUGAAACGAGGUGAUUUGCACAAUGAUGGUUGAGGCGCAAAGUGAGCUUGCAUGCUGUGCCUGUGACUGAGAUCUGCUGAACGAUAGUAGUUGAGGCAGAGAGAGCGGGGGCAUGAACAUGCUGUGCUGUGCCUGUGAUUGGCAUUUGUGGAGCCAAGAUAUAGCACGUCGGUGGGUUUCUGCUUGCUAUUUUUUUCUGGACGCAAGUGUGGUUAUUAUAUGCGACAUUAGAUUUUUAUAGGAGAAACAUAAAUUGUAGGGUACUUGAAGUUUUGGCUUUAAACAUUUAUGUUAACAAGAUAUCUGUAUCAUUCUUUAGCCUCGUUGCUACUCACAGAAAAGGUUCUAGAGCUUGUUGAUCACAUAAUUUUAUUCUGAUGGUCAUAAUUUCAUUGCA